CAAUCCCGACAACCAGAGCUGUUCGCUGCAUUGUCGCUGACGUGGGGGACGGCGACUAUUGCUUUGGUCCUGCGCCUCGUGGCGAGGAGGAUCACGAGGAUUUCCCUUUCGUGGGAUGACUAUCUGGCUAUAGCUGCGUACGUAACCAAAUCCUGGGGAUGGUCAUUGACACACAAUGCAGGGGCCCAAGUUGGCUUCGGCCUACUCCUCAAAGACACCGGUCUACCGCCCGAACAAGCUCUACGCGAUGCUCGACGGGACCUCUAUAUCGAUGAGCUCUGCUAUGCCUUCUCCCUCGCCUGCUCUAAGUUCGCCAUCUUGGCCUUGUACUGGCGCAUGUUCUCGACAUCGGCCAUUAGGAUCUCCAUAAUAGUGUUGGCCGUGUGCUCCUUGAUAUGGCUGAUGAUACGGACGUUUCUGACCGUCUUCCAAUGCGUACCCGUCAAAGCUUUCUGGGACAAGACUGUCCCGGAUGCUGUAUGUAUCGUCAAUGAAGCGUAUUUCUUCUUGGGAACGGUCAUAGUGCAUCUCCUUCUUGAUCUCACUAUCAUGGCCCUGCCCGUCGUGCAAAUUUGGAAGAUAAAAUUGACAGCUUCGCGGAAGAUAGGGGUCAUGAUACUGUUUCUCUUUGGUAUCAUUGUCUGUUCCGCAUCUUCGGUUGUCAUCAUAUUUUCGUUCCAAUACCACGCUGAGGAACUCGAAAUGUCAUGGAAUGUUGCGUGGAUAUUUAUAUGGGCCACAAUAGAGGUCAACUUGGCGGUGGUCUCAGCUUGCCUGCCGAUGCUUCGACCACUUUUCACUGAA